AAUUUAGGUUGCAACGCAGACUCUCAAAUUUUAAUUACAUUUUCAUAGUGAAGUAGAAACAGAUACCAAUUGACCCAGCAGGCGGUACAGCAGUCCCGAAUAUCAGUAACAGUGCUUUUAGCUCGCCCUAAAAUACAUUAGAGGAAUGGGAAUUCUCCUGUCUGCGUGGUACUGCCGGCUGCUCCUUCGUCCCGGGAGUAGACCAGUAGACCGGGAAGCGGGGGCCUGAGCGGCCAAUCAGCGGGUGGCAGGUCUGGGAGGAGCCAGUUGUGCCGCCGGGGGACCUGGCUUCGGUCCCGGCCCCUGCCCUGCACCUGCGGCGCGACCGUCUGUUCAAGGCUGUUCUGAGAAUCAGGUAAGUGCACAAGUGUGCCUGGCGCCCGGGAAUAAAGUCCAUCUCCCCGUGGCACUCCCUCCCUCUGGGGGCAGAGGUGAGUCCGAGGCGGAGAAGCAAAUGCCCGACCAGACUAGCGGAGGAGCGGGGAGGGAGGCGCCGUGCUGUGGGACAAACGUCCCUCGGGAUCGGGGACCCUAACCGGGGUUGGCCAGCCUCACGCAGUGGCGGGUGUUGGGGCGAGACCGCAACCCGCGAAGUGCAGGUGUCUGCCCGCUGCGUCAGCCGUGAAGACCCGAGCCCCGGGGCCGGGGAGCGGGUCGGACCCUUGCAGGUCGGCUACAGGGCCCCGAAUCUGGGCCUGCAGCUAGCCCGGCGGCCUCUCGGGCGGCGCUGUACACAGAAACCGUUGCUAUGGCCGUUUCCUGCGGUCUCGGGCGGCACCGGGCCUCUGCCCUGUGGGUGCCGCAAAGGUGUCUCCGUGCGCGGUGCCCGGGUUUUCGCGAGGUUGAUUUACCGAGUCCGUAGCAGUUUGCGGGGAACGUGUUGCUGAUAAGCUGCUUGGGGACAAAAGGGGAAAUGCGUGUGCAUCAGGACGGUGAAACAAUUAAAUCCAGCUGGGACCAAAGGCGUUCCUAACCAGAGAGAAAUUUCAGUCAUGACUACCGAAGAGUAUCCAUCACUGUGGGGCUUUGGAACAACAAAAACAUUUAAAAUUCCCAUUGAACAUUUGGAUUUCAAGUAUAUUGAAAAAUGCUCAGACGUGAAACACUUGGAAAAAAUCCUUUGUGUGCUCAGGUCUGGCGAGGAAGGGUAUUAUCCUGAACUCACAGAACUUUGUGAAAAGCGUCUUCAAGGCUUGGCUCCUCGAAGCAGAGCUCUGAGGAAGGACAAGCCCGCAGCCACAGCAUCCAGCUUCACAGCAGAAGAAUGGGAAAAAAUUGACAGUGACAUAAAGAGCUGGGUAUCAGAAAUUAAAAAAGAAGAAGAUAAAAUGCACUUUCAUGAAACUGAAAGGUUUGCGGUGAUGGAAGGUAAUUUGCCUCCGGUCCGUGGUUCAAGCAGCUGUCUUCAGGUGGGCAAGGCUCCGUGGAGGAGGGGUCCCUUGGAGUUUCAGGAAAAAUCUUCUGAAACUAGAUCAACUAAAAAGAAAAUUCCAAGGGAUUAUGCAGAAUGGGAUAAAUUUGAUGUGGAAAAGGAAUGUUCAAAAAUCGAUGAAGAUCACAAAGAAAAGAUUGUUGUUGACAAUAGGGCACAUCUGUCUAAAAUUGAGACAAGGAUAGAUACAUCAGGUCUAACGGAGAAGGAAAAGGGUCUUCUCGCUGCUCGUGAAAAGGAAAAAGGAAACGAAGCGUUCAACUCGGGAGAUUUUGAAGAGGCUGUGAUGUAUUACACCAGGAGCAUCUCAGCCCUUCCCACUGUAGCUGCCUACAACAACCGAGCGCAGGCCGGAAUCAAGUUGCAGAACUGGAAUAGUGCUUUUCAGGAUUGUGAAAAGGUCCUGGAGUUAGAACCUGGAAACAUAAAGGCUCUUCUGCGCCGUGCCACCACGUAUAAACACCAAAACAAGCUCCAGGAAGCUAGAGAUGAUCUGAAUACAGUACUGGCUGUUGAACCUGACAAUGAUUUGGCCAAGAAAACCUUGUCAGAAGUUGAAAGAGAUCUGAAAAAUUCUGAACCUGCACUUAAGACCCAAAGCAAAGGGAAAAGGAUGGUCAUCCAGGAAGUAGAGACCUCGGAAGAUGAAGACAGAGAGGAGAGCGCAAGGCCCCGCGUGGACGGCAGUGCAGCUGAGGAGGCCGCCGAGCCCGCGCGCGCCAUGGGCAACAUCCAGAAGAAGCUGUCGGGCAGGAGCGACGGCGCCAAGCGGCCGCGGAAGACCCGGGCGCCGGCGGCCAGCGCGGAGCAGCGCGGCGGGACCCCGGCCCCGACCCCGGCUCCGGCCGCCGGCGCCAACGCGCACCCCGGCCCCGCGGACUCCGCGGCGGCCGACGCGCCCUCGGGGCCCGGCGCCCCCGUGGGCCCCGCCGACCUCAAGAGCCAGGGCAACGAGCUGUUCCAGAGCGGCCAGUUCACCGAGGCGGCCGGCAAGUACUCGGCGGCGAUCGCGCAGCUGGAGCCUGCAGGAAGUGCCAGUGCAGAUGACCUAAGUAUCUUAUAUUCAAAUAGAGCAGCAUGUUACCUAAAAGAAGGCAACUGCAGUGGCUGCAUUCAAGAUUGUAACAGAGCCCUGGAGCUUCAGCCUUUUUCAGUGAAGCCUCUUCUGCGGCGAGCCCUGGCCUUUGAGACGUUAGAGCAGUACGGGAAGGCUUACGUGGAUUACAAGACAGUGUUGCAGAUCGACCGCGGAAUCCAGCUAGCCAACGACGGCGUCAACAGAAUCACAAGAAUCCUAAUGGAGCUGGACGGACCCAGCUGGCGGGAGAAGCUGUCGCCCAUCCCUGCCGUGCCCACUCCUGCCCCAGUGCCAGGCUGGCGCCCUGCUGCAGAGACAACCCCUAACCAAGAGGGAGACUUCAGCGGCCCCCGCCCGCCGGACAGCACAGAUGACAGCAUGUUUAAAGCCCUGAAGGAGGAAGGGAAUCGGUGUGUAAAGGACAAAAACUACACAGAUGCCCUCAGUAAAUACAGCGAAUGCUUGAAGAUCAACAACAAGGAAUGUGCCAUAUAUACGAACAGAGCUCUGUGCUACCUGAAGCUGUGUCAGUUUGAAGAGGCCAAGCGGGACUGCGAUCAGGCACUGCAGAUGGAUGCCGGGAACGUGAAGGCAUGCUACCGCCGGGCGCUGGCUCACAAGGGACUCAAGAAUUAUCAGAAAAGCUUAACCGAUCUCAAUAAAGUUCUCCUACUAGACCCAAAUAUUGUUGAGGCAAAGAUGGAACUGGAAGAGGUCACCAGAUUCCUUAAUACUAAGGAUGAGACGGCAUCACUCAACAAAGGCAAGGAGAGGAAGAAAAUCGAGAUUCAAGAGGUGACUGAGUGCCAUGACAGGGAGCCCCAGCCAACCAGGGAGGACGGCCUCGCCGACAGCCCGGCGUCUGAGAAGGGCGAGGGACGCAACGGGCCGCUGGAACACUUGGAAGAACUUCCGCUCGCCAGGCCGCACAAUGCCUACGAGUUCGGCCAGGCCAUCAACGCUAUCAGUCUGAGGAAAGAUAAGGCGGCCUGUGCGCACCUUUUAGCCUCCACUGCGCCGGAAGAGCUGCCCACAUUGUUGAGUAACAAACUUGAAGGGGAUACGUUCCUCCUCCUGGUUCAGGCUCUGAAGAACCAUCUCGUGGAUAAAGACCCCUCCCUGGUCUAUCAGCACCUUUUAUAUCUGAGCAAAGCAGACAGGUUUAAGAUGAUGCUGACGCUCAUUAGCAAGGACCAGAAGGAGCAACUCCAACAGCUCUUCGAUGCCCUGGCGGACGCACCGCACGGCCACUUUUCUCUGGAAGACGUGCAGGCCCUGAAAAGCCAGUAUGAGCUUUAAACCAAGACUGCUGUUCCAGGCCUGCCGCACAUGUGUGUGUUCAGUAGUGCUGGUGGCACGGUAUUGUAACAGCUGCAGAGAUAAAACCUGGCUUUCUCGACUAUAAAACAUUUUGCUUUAUUUUUAUAGACAGAAGAUGUAUAUUCUAUGAUCUGCUUUUUAUUAGUUGUAAAUAUUUUCUUAUGUACCAGAGCCAACAUCUUUAUAUUUAAUAAGUACAUUUGGAACUUGUUAAAAUUUUUAAUUUAUAGUACACAUUUUCUUUUAAUAACUCAUCUGUUGAAACUGAGCUAAAUUGCAUUUUCUUUGAGCUAAGGCGUCCUCUAAAGUUUGACAGAAUUAAACUUUAAAGUUCUUUUCUUAAAUAAGUGUAUCACCUUAUAUCCUGCUAAGGUAUACAUAAAGUCCCAAUUUAGACUUGUGGAUUACAGUUAGUUAAAAUAUACCACUCAGGUCUAUAAUAUGAAAUGAUUAUUAAAUAAUGUUUUUAAUUUAGAGCUGUAAGAGGACCUCAUUUUUCUAACAUGGAAGCAUUGCCUAAUAAUUAAGAAAAUUGCCAAAAAUUUAUACGACUUUUUACUAGAUUUUAAAGCUACCUUCCCUUACAAAAGCAAUAAAACAGCCAGGAUAUAAAAGCAAA